AUGCUCCGCCAAUGGUGGCUCCGCGGAGCAAGAUCAGUGCUUCCGCGGGCGCAUUCCACGUGCUCGUCGUCCGUCGAAAAACCGAGAAGAAUUCCGAAAGACGGCCUCCAAUUGUCAGAUUUCAUUCGCGAAAGCGGCAGAAAACAGCGUCAGAAAGCGAUUAUUCCGUCAGUUGAAGACACGAAAGAAUACUUGAAUCCAGAAGAUUUGAAAGGAAACGGAAGGACAGGUUGAUUGUUUUCUCAGGCGGAACGAAGGGCAUCAAAUGAAUUUCAGUGUGCUACGUGACGUAUGGAUGCCAAAUGAACGUCAGCGAUAUGGAAAUCGUCCGUUCGAUAAUGACAGGGUACGGAUUCGUUGAAACAGAACGGAGAGAAAAAGCAGAUGUUGUGCUUCUGAUGACGUGUUCGAUUAGAGACGGCGCCGAGAAAAAGGUGUGGAAUCAGCUGAAGCUGAUCCGUUCGAACUCGGUGAACAGGGGACAGAUCGUCGGAGUGCUGGGUAAGUUUUAAAAUAUAAUCCGGAGGAAAGCGACUAGAAUUGAAGGUUGCAUGGCCGAAAGAGUCCGACACGACCUGCUGGCCAAACGGAAUCUGGUGAAUCUCGUGGCCGGCCCGGAUUCGUAUCGAGAUCUUCCCCGUCUUGUCGCGGUCGCCGCGGGGGGCUCGAAUGCCAUCAAUGUGCAGUUGUCGCUCGACGAAACUUACGCGGAUGUCCAACCGAUUCGAACGGAUUCGGCGUCCAAAACUGCAUUUAUGUGAGUACAUUUACGAUUUUUCUCUUCUUAUUCCAACCUUAAACUUUCCAGUUCGAUCAUGCGUGGAUGCGACAACAUGUGCACGUAUUGCGUGGUUCCAUUCACACGUGGACGGGAGAGAAGUCGACCGAUCCAAUCGAUUGUGGAAGAAGUGAAGAGACUGCGGGAGGAGGGGUUCAAACAGAUCACACUGCUCGGCCAGAACGUGAACAGCUACCGCGACGUGUCUUCUCUCGAUUUCUCGAUGUCUCCAUCAACUUCUCAGGAUAGAGUUCCCGGAUUCAAAACGGUUUACAAGUGGGUGAUCCGUCGACCAGUAAUCGUUACAGUAAUCGUCUAUUCUGAUUUUCAGACCGAAGAGCGGUGGUCUCACAUUCACAACUCUUCUAGAAAAGGUGUCCGAAGCAGCUCCAGACGUCCGCUUCCGUUUCACUUCGCCGCAUCCGAAAGACUUUCCAAUGCCCGUAAUACAUUAUCCCGUAGUUCUCUUCCUUCUGGAUUAUAAUAUUCGCAGCUCAUCGAACUCAUCUCCUCUCGUCCGAAUCUCUGCAAACAACUGCAUCUUCCCGCCCAAAGUGGAGACGAUCAAACGUUGGAAAGGAUGGGAAGGGGCUACUCGAGAGAACUGUACCUCCGACUUGUCGAUGACAUCCGAAACAUUCUUCCAGGUACUCACAACUCCAACCAUAGAAUUGCUCUUAUUUCCUUCAGAUGUCUCAUUAACGAGCGACUUUAUCGCGGGGUUCUGCGGAGAGACCGAAGAAGCCCAUCAGAACACCCUUUCGCUCAUUCGUGCCGUUCGUUACUCCUUCUGCUUCGUUUUCCCGUACAGUAUGCGUGGAGUCAGUUCUCUUUCGAAUCCUUCCGUUCCCAAUCUCCGUUUGUUCAGAAGACGAGAGCCCAUCAUCGGCUGACGGAUGACGUUCCGGAAGAAGUGAAGGCGCGAAGACACCUCGAUCUGACGACGGUCUUCAGAGAAGAAGCCCUCCGACUUAAUGAAAAACUGAUUGGAUCCGAACAAAUUGUUCUUUUGGAAGGAGUAGGAAACAGAUAAACAGAACAAAUAAGGAACUUAAUACUUCAGAAGUCAAGGAGGAAUCCGGAAUAUUCGCAUGGUCGCACAGACGGAGGAGUCAAAGCAGUGUUCGACAAUUCCGAACUUCGAUUGGAGCCUGGACAGUACGGAAGAGUGAUCAUCACUGGAGCUAACUCUCAAACGCUGCAAGCCCGAUUGAUAGGAGAACUGAAUAUAUAG